AUGGAAUCAUAUUAUUCAUCAUCACCAUAUUACUAUCCACCAUCAUGUCCACUUCAUGAUUCUUAUUCUUCAUAUUCAACACCAAUACAUUCAUCUUCAUCAUAUUAUUAUCCAUCUUAUAUUGAUCAAUCAUCACCACAAGUUGUACCUUAUAAUAAUAAUUCAACAACAAAUAUUUAUGUUCAACCAACAUCUUCUAUUCAACAUAUUAAUACAACACCAACACUUAAUAAUACUUUUGAAUCAAUUCCACCAGUUGGUCGUCGUCGUCGACAACGUACUAUAUUUUCAAAAGAUCAAGUUGAUAUACUCGAUCAAAUAUUUGAAAAAAAUCCAUAUCCUGAUAUUCAACUUCGUGAACAACUUUCUCAACGACUUGAUGUACCCGAAGCUCGUAUUCAAGUUUGGUUUAAAAAUCGUCGUAGUCGUGCUCGAACCACUACUAAAUCAAAAUUAAUUAAUUAA